UAAAACAAUCGAACUUUGGUCUCAUUCCCGGCGAUUUCAGUGCUAGGAGUUAUCUUUUGGUCCUUGUGGGUUUAACUUUAACAGUAACCUACCGGAAACCAUCCGGUGAUUCCUCCGGUUUAACACUAAUCUAUGUUUAACGUCAAGUGGCGCUUAGAGUUUUUUCAUUAGAAUAAGUUAUAGGAACCUCCAGGUUCGAAUCAACUCACGACACUAAACAUGUGGGUGUGGCCAUGCGACAUUGGUCUCUAAGUGAACGAUCUAGUUUAUCCUGCACCGAUAAACAAAUUUCAUAGAACUAGUCGGUUGGAUCUUUGUCCACCGAAUACCUUCAAAUUAUUAAAACAAAACAAAAUUAUAUGAACUUUGUUCCAUAUCCAUUGUGCUCAUAUUUAGGAGGAUCUAUUAAAUUAUAGAAACCUUCUUCGGAAUCAUAUAGUGCUUAUGAAAAAUCAUAUAGUGAUUUCCAAAGUAAUUUGUAUCCUUCUUAAUUGAUACAUCUAGCAGAUCCUUCUAUUAUAUAAGAGAAAAUGCAUUAAAUUUCUUUUCAAUCUUAUAUUUUAAUUAAUCAUCAGAUAUUAAAGAAAAUCUCAUUCUCAUAUAUUAAUUAGUGUUUUAAUAAAUUGUAUAUCCAUUUUGCCAAUCUAACAAAACUGACACAUAUAAAGUUUAUUAUCUGCGUUCUUUAAUUAGAAUGCUUUUAUCUUUUAUCUACAAUCUUAAUUGUUUAUUUUUUAACCUUUUAAAACUAUUUUAAAACACACGUGUCGUAAUUUGAUUCUAAUAACUAAAUUAUAUAUAUGGUCUCUUAAUGUAAUUAAUAUUGACAAAUCUAAAAGUUAAUGAAAAAUAAACUUUAAAACCCAAAAAAUCACAGUAACAUAAUUGCUCUUAUAUUUUGUUUUUAAAACAUAAUUGUUAUCAAAACUAAUGUAAUCUCUUCUAGAGAUUUAGUUUCCUUCUAGGCUUAAAACAUAAGACAUAUGAAUGUAUGUUUUCUAAUAUAAAUACUCACAUGAAUUUACUAAUGAUCAUCAGUUAACAACAACGACCCCAGACUCCUUUCAGGACAAUAACAACAAAACCCAAAACGAAUUCUCAGCACCAUUCACGGUAUGGAACUACCCCAUGGCUUAAUUGAAGAUAUUCUCGAGAAAUUACCGGUGAAAUCUCUGUUAAGAUUCAAAUCUGUGUCAACACAAUGGAAAUCUAAGAUUGAAUCUGCAUAUUUUAAGAAAAAACAGUUGUUAUAUAGUCAACUACAAGAUCCAGAUAUCCUUAUCACCAAUCGCUUUGAAGGUGAAGAUAAAGAACAUGUAACAAGGAUGUUCACGAUAGGUUCGUCGGAUUUGAUCAAACUGCCUAAUGUUUGCCCUGUGCCUAUGCCAAUUCCCUUGGAGAACAAAAAAUCAUCGAUUUGUUAUACCUAUUCCGUUUGCGGUUGUGACGGUAUGAUAUGCUAUUACAAUUACUACACUUGUAUAUAUCUAGUCAAUCCUAAUACUAGAUGGUUACGAAGUGUUCCUCAAGCGGGGCAUCAAGAAGCUGCUCUCAAGGUGAUGAAUAAAAUGGGAACCUGGACGGAAGAUAACGAUGGCAUUUUAUGUAAUCUAGGAUUUGGCAAAGACAAGUUCACAGGCAGAUACAAAUUGGUUUGGUUAUAUAAUUCAUUUGAGUUUACUCUAAGUAACACUACAGUUUGUGAAGUUUAUGACUUUAAUAACACCAACACUUGGAGGUAUGUGACUGCUUCUCCUGUCCGUAUUUUUGAUGAACAAGCUCCAGUACACUUAGAUGGAUCACUUUACUGGUUCACUGAUGAGUAUAUCACAGACACAAAAGUAUUAUCUUUCGAUAUCCAUACAGAAAAAUUUCACAUGAUCGCAGAAGCUCCAUUUUUCGAAGUAGGUGAGAAGGAAAUCAUCAUGUGCACUCUGAAUAACCGUCUAUGCGUCUCGCAGAAAGAGUGGCCAAAACAAGAGAUUUGGUCACUAAAUAAUUCAGAUAUGACUUGGGAGAAAAUAUAUUCGUUAGAUCUACAAACUGAUUAUGAUUGGUUUACGGAUUAUCUGCCACCACCAUGCACUUAUUCGCCAGACGUUGUUCCAUGUGCCAUUCCUGUCGCGGUUUUGAAGAACAAGAAGAAAACACUAGUGCUUUAUUAUCCUCGUGCGAAGAAUCCGAAUCUUUUAAUGUACGAUCCUGAAUCAAGAUCAUAUGAUUUAUGUUUCGUACGUGAUUACAUAGUACAUUCUUGCGAGAGUUCGUUUUCUUGUUUCCCAAGUUUGAUGUCAAUUGUAUAAAAAAAUGUUUACUUUUGAGAUA